AUGGGAAGAGUGGACAUAGCGUAUUUCUACAAUCUCCCACGGGCCGAGCUGCUGCGGCACAUUCAGCAGAUGCUAGCUGUGCUGACAGACGAACAAAUAGAGACGUGUUUUGCAAAGGAGACCAAGAAGCUCGGUAAGCCCAGCUCUCGCUCUCUGAUGGACUGGUCAACCAUUCCGCUGCGUCACAUAGCCAUUCAAGUAUGCUAUGAUGGAACAGAGUACGCAGGACUUGCUCAGCAACCUAAUAGGGAAUACACCAUCGAGGAACUGCUUUUAAAUGCGUUGCGUGGCGCAGCACUGAUACCGCAACACGCAGAAGCCAGUGACGUCCACUUUGAAAGAUCCGGCCGAACAGAUAGGGGUGUGAGCGCAGCAGGGCAGGUGUUCAGCUUCUAUGUAAGGACAAACAACAAGGGUAUGGGGCCGCAGCCAAUACCGGCACCCGAUCCCCGCUUUUAUCGCGACCGGCGCGAUGGACUGACACCACCCGCAAAGCCCAGUGAUAGCGCGACUGACGACAGAGGGGCAGAUGGAGAUCUUGUGAAUGCUGAGAAGGAGCCUGAGCUUAAGCAAGUUCCUCAAGAGCAGGAGAUAGACUACGUCUCAGCCAUUAACAUGCGUCUUCCAGAAACAAUACGGGUCCUUGGCUGGGCACCAGUUGAUGAGAAUUUUUCAGCCCGGCAUUCUACGUCUUCGCGACGUUACGUUUACAUGUUCGGGGAAGUAGGAUCACUCAACAUUCGACGAAUGGCAGAGGCGUGCACAAAGUUGGUGGGCUUUCAUGACUUUAGAAAUAUCUGCAAACCGUCGCUGGAUAGCAUAAAGACAUUUGAGCGAGUGAUUUUUUCUUGUUUCUUAGAGAUUGAUGGCCAACCCUACGACUGUGAGAAUGAUAGGAUGGCUAUGAAAGAAAAUAGCACUCUAUCUCUGGUGGUGUGCGGAUCUGCUUUCUUAUACCACCAGAUUCGAUGUAUUGCUAGCUUGCUCCUGCAUAUAGGCGCUGAAUUAGAACCCCCAUCCCUCAUCUCUGACCUUCUGAAUGUUGAGCAGUUUCCUGGAAAGCCAGACUACCCAAUAGCACCAGGGGAAUUGUUGCUUUUUGAGAGGGCAGAGUAUACCUCAACACGAUUGCCCAAGUUUUACCUGUCAGGCCCUUCCUAUCGGUUUCUUACUAAAAAUAUUAGAUUUCUGCAAUCCAAGGCCCUAGCCAGGGCCAGAGUAUAUGGUGUUGCAUUAAGCUUGCUCUCAGAAGCCAGAACAUGUCAAUCGGUGUCCAGUGGCGGGCCACCUCGUGCGUGUGACCACCCCCUCGUUGGCAUAACAAUGACACAUAAGAUCACAGACCUAUGCGAAGUUUAUAUAGAGGGCGGGUUAUCGCUGUUUAAGCUAGAAAAGUAUCGCCGAAUCACAAACAGACCAUUUGACGGCACACUUGAGCAUCGGUUGAGGGAACGGCAAAAAGAAUUGGCAAUGUACAAGGAGAAUAAGAAACAUGGCGAGCAGUAA